AUUCAGCACAUCACUAUAAUUGAUGUAAAUUUGUAAAUCCAAACAGACCGGCCACGAAUUUGGAAAAGCAAUGGGUGUCACUGUAUUGCUACCAUAUCAGAUACCAGAGGGGAAAACUGGCGCACAAGCAAUCGACUACCUCACAAAACGCCUACUGGCAUUGGGCGCCGUUCAUACCGGACAUUUCCUAGUAGAUUGCGAAACUUACAUUUCCACACCACCACAUGGCCCAUCCAAAACCGUGCAUGUGCUUCACGAUUCCGAAUAUCCAGCAUCCACGUUUUCCAUAUUGGACAACGGCGCUGGCAAGCAAAUUCCACUAGUAGCAGACAACCUCUUCGAUUUGUUGAUGCUGAAAAUGACUACAGUGUACACGUCGAAGAAGCAAACGAAAAUCGAAUCGAAAGGUGCGCGCUUCGAAUACGGUGAUUUUCUUAUAAAACUGGGUUCGGUAACAAUGAUGGAAAAUUUCAAAGGCAUACUCAUUGAAAUCGAAUAUAGACCGUGUGUGGUGCUUUCUUAUUGCUGGGAAAUGAUACGUGAAAUGCUGCAAGGCUUUCUAGGCAUGCAAAUUGCAAAAGAAUAUCCCGCCUAUUUUUCACAACAAAUAAUGAAUCCUAUGGGUCAACAGCAGAUACAUCAAAAACAAAACGAUGUAUAUGAACCAAUCGAUACGAUUAAUCAAUACUUGGAAAGUUUUACAAAUUAUCGCAAGCAAAAUGUGCUGCCUGUGGCGAGUGGUGGCGGAGCAUCGACAGCACAAAACGCAGGAGCUGGCAUGCAGGGCGGCAAUCAACGAAUGCGGAUGUAAGGCUUGCUAGCAAUGUGGACGUUAUUUUAACAAAUCUUUUAGACACUUUAAUACUGGUCGAAGCGAAAGAUGAAUAACGUGGCUGGAUACUUCGUGGCAGGUAUUUGGAGUUCGCUAAGUCCAUGCGGAUCAACAUGGUAGCUGAUUACGAUGUGCUAGUUGAAAAAAUGAACAACCCAACGACCUACCUACUAAAGUCAAUUCGGGUACGCCGAAUUUAGUGUUGAUAGUUAUUUUUCUAGGUUGGGUCAUUUAAUCGAGUAUUAUACAUAUGUAAAAUCUAAAUUUUUGGGCAAGACCCGUUUUUAAGGGCAGUUUUACGUCUUGCGAUGGCUCUCAAGCGGAUUUUCUUUGCGAGGAACCCGAAUUUAAUUUUAUUUUGGAAAUACAUUUUGUUUUUGUUUAUUUAUUGAUGAAAAUACGUUUUUAAAAAUUGCAUCACAAUCGGGAAAGAAAAAAUAUGCCUACUACUAAAAAAAAUUUUCUCAUUUUGUGCAAAAGCUCCAAAAUUGUUUAUGGUAAUUUUUUCUUAAUUGAGGUCGCCCCUCGGCAGGCAAACGCAAACCUCCGAGUUUAUUUCUGCCAUGAAAAAUAGCUUCUCGUAAAAAUACUAUCGUCGUUCGUAGUCGGCGUAAAACUGUAGGCUGCUCCUCUUUGUGUGACCACAUAAAAACGCACACCAUAAAUCGGGAGAAAAGCUCGGCCAAACACUAACAUAUCGUUACCUAAAGGUGAAAAGGUGCCAAGUCCAUUUUUUUGUUUUUAAAUUGUUUAGGAGAGACAAAAAAUUGAUGUAAUUUCGCAAUAUUUGUCAUUCUACACCAAAAACUAAAUUUCGAAAAAAGUGGACUUGGCACCCUUUCAAACUUGGUUAGAUUAUACAUAUAUUUGAAUGGAAAAACAAACAAAAAAACCCCUGGUAGGGUGACUAUAUUGGUAGAAAUGAAGAAAAAUAUACAUGUAUAACAGUUUCUCGUAAAAAUACAAUCGCCGUUCGGAGUCGGCGUAAAACUGUAGGUCCCUUCCUUUAUGUGACAACAUCAAGCCGCACGCCAAAAAUCGGAGAAGCUCAAUUUUUUCCUUUUUCUUGAAAUUCAAUUAAAUUUUUCAAUCAUAUUAUUCUUCACUACCGUCUCUUAAAUUCCAAAAAUUUUCUCCCAAUAGAUCAACAAGCUUCUUUCCACUAUACAAAUUUUCCAGGCUUGCUGUUAUGUGGUGAAAUCUCUCACCAUGUUCGUCCGAUUUGGCAGGUGAUUGUAGAAAAUGUAUGUAUAUUUUGGCUUCGCUGAAUGCGAUGAAAUUUUUAGGAACGUAUAGUUACCAAAAAAUUUAUUUCCAACAAAAUUUGGGACAUCUCCAUAAAAAAAUCUACGUUUUUGGUCGUUUUCGAAUGUUUUUUUUUUGUAUAAAAGCAGUACUAAAUAUUUGUUGGAGCGCAAAAAUAAUGUCAAAUUUGGGAUUCUUCGCACCAAGAAACCAUCCAAUACGAAUUUUCAGAGCAAUCGAAAAUCGUAAAAUUUCGAAUUUGAUUACCUGAGUUAACUUAGAAAAACGACUAUCAACACUAAACUCAACGUACUGAAAUUAACUUUACUAGGUUGGUCGUCGCUUGUUCAAAAUAAAAAGUUUUGGUUGACCACAAAAAAUCGUGGAUAUCAUUGGUUGUUGCCUUAAUUUGUUGCUUUAUUCGGGGCUAUUAUUGAAUCCGUCGUAGUACGAUCGCUACGAACGGAUGCAUUCAAAUAUAUUUCAUGCGUCCGUAGAUAUUCGAAUUCAGUGAUCGCAUUUUCGGAAUCCUCCGAAAAAUCAGACUACGAAGGAUUCAGUGAUAGCCUUGAUUAUCUUUCUACAGAACAUGCGAAAUUUUUUUAAACGGGUUAGCAUCUAUUGAAGCUAGGAUCUAAUAAACUAAUUAAUUUACGUUAUCUCCAUUAUCACUAUGUUACACAACAUUACAAAAAAAAUCUAAUUUUUAAUUAAUCAAAAGGAAAUAAAAUUACUUACAUAUUAAAUCCGGGUAUUUUCAUACUCCCUUAUAUACUUUUUAAGGAAAACCCCUUCCAAUUCAUGGCAAAACUAUCGCAUCCUUUGCAAGGAAAUUAAAACUAUUAAAUAAAAACACACUUUUUGUUUAAUUCUUCAAUAUUUGCAAUAUGUAGUACGAACUUUAUUUGUUUUUUCUUUUACUUGGUAGGUAAUUUUGUAUGAAAUAUAUAUUUUAAGAUGUUUAUAUGUAUGUUUAUGCAAAUUUAUAGCAAUAACGUUUAAUUAAAAUUUAAAAUUAGUAGUAAGUUUUAUAGUACGUUUAUAUGAUUUGUGUAGUAGUAUGCAAAAAACAAAUGCUACGCGUAGCGUAACAUUUUAUACAUCUAAUGGUUAAACUUCGCUACUUUAAUAUGCAUAUGGAGAAAAAAUUUAGAAUUUCUGAAAAUUAAAUAAACGAAUUCUUAAAGAUACAUAUUUUUAAUAAUUAAAUUGAGGUAAAAAGCCGCCAAUUCUCUAUUCAAAGCUUUAUUUAAUUUAAUUAUGCAUAAUUUUCCUUAUUGUAAUAUAAUCUAAAAAAGAAAAUUCCAAAACUGAAAAAAGUUACAACGUUAUAAUUCUGUAUUCAACAUUGAUGCGAUGCGAUACUCCCCUUUAUCCUUUUUCUCUUUCAUUCGUAAGCCAAAUUUUAUCGUCACAAAAUUUUGCAUUUUUUCUAAAAAAAAAAAAUAAUGUGUGUCGUAAAAGAAGUGUGUAUAGUUUUGGGCUCUAGUAAAUAAAAUUGUGUGACGCUGGUCGUUUUGAUUAUCAUUUUUAUACAUAUCGAGCGAUAACCGCGAAAACAACGUUAGCGACAUUU